AUCAACUCGAUCCUCUGCAACCCAUCCCCUACUUGCAUCAAGGCAUCAUGUCGUAUCGACAGGGUCAGACUGCUCUGGCUCUACAUCGAGUAUGGCAUCACGCAUCUGCAGAUGGUCGGGUUCUGGGAAAAUUCGCGGCGAGGAUAGCUUUGGUCUUGAUGGGGAAGCAUAAACCGACUUAUGACCCUGGUGUCGAUGCUGGAGACUAUGUCGUCGUAUCAGAUGCCCUUAAAGUCGCUCUGACAGGGAACAAGCCCACAGACAAGGUCUACUAUCAUCAUUCAGGAUAUCCAGGCGGAUUGAAGACUGUGCCGAUCACACGAAUGCGAGAACGGAGACCGGAGGACAUCAUAAGGAAAGCGGUAUCUGGCAUGCUGCCCAAAAACACAUUUCGAAAGCGACGCUUGGAAAGGCUGAGAGUGUAUCCAGGGGCAGCCCCACAACAGGAUCUCGACAACAUCAUCAAGACAUGGCAUUAGGUGCAAGAUUAGGUGUAUGCAUAGUGACACUAUA